GAGGGGCGGCCCCGCCGGCCCGGCCCCGCCAUGGCCCCGCCGCCCGCAGCGCUCUGUCUGUUCGACGUGGACGGGACCCUCACGGCCCCGCGCCAGAGGAUCUCCCCGGAGAUGGCGGCGUUCCUGCAGCGGCUGCGGCAGAAGGUGAAGGUUGGGGUGGUGGGAGGCUCCGACUUCGCCAAGAUCCGCGAGCAGCUGGGCGAGGACGUGGUUGAAAAAUUUGACUAUGUGUUUCCAGAAAACGGUCUUGUAGCAUACAAGGAUGGGAAAUUCCUGAGCAAGCAGAGCAUUCAGGGUCACCUGGGCGAGGACAUUCUUCAGGAUGUAAUCAACUACUGCCUGAGUUACAUUGCAAAGAUUAAACUGCCAAAGAAGAGAGGCACUUUCAUUGAGUUCCGGAACGGGAUGUUAAAUGUGUCCCCCAUUGGAAGGAGCUGCAGCCAGGAAGAACGACUUGAGUUCUAUGAACUCGAUAAAAAGGAACAUAUAAGAGAGAAAUUUGUGGCUGAUUUACGAAGAGAAUUUGCAGGCAAGGGCCUCACGUUUUCUAUAGGAGGGCAGAUAAGCAUCGAUGUGUUCCCCGAUGGCUGGGACAAGAGGUACUGCUUAGGAAUUGUUGCCAAUGAUGGAUACAAGGCUAUUUAUUUCUUCGGAGACAAGACUAUGCCAGGAGGGAAUGACUAUGAAAUUUUCACAGACUCCAGAACAGAAGGCUACAGUGUCACAUCCCCCCAGGAUACCAGAAGAAUCUGUGAAGAGCUAUUUUUUAAAUGAAAGACUUUCAGAAUUCACCCUUCCAGGACGGUUAAAACAGUUUAAUAACUUGAGACAUCAUCUUCAUUCUGUAUUGAUUUAUGGUCUUGAAACUGGCCUGCAAGGCUUUAUCCCUAGUUUUUUUUAUUUUGAGGCUGCUUUUUAAAAGAUGAGCAUUUUAUAAGAGGUUUGGGGGUUUUUUUAAAUACUGCCUUGUGCUAUAAAAUCAUGAAUUAUAAGACAGUUGGGACUUUCUUGUCUGAAACUGGAUUUAUUUCUUCCUGGAGGUGGGAAGAUUGAACUGAGCCAUAAGUUCCUGACCCCACAUGUGUUCCAGUGUGUGGUCAGAAGGUGCUUCAGGUCUCCCACCCCUGGGAAGGCUGGACCAGCUGGGGCCAAAGUUACCUCCUCAGAAUGGCACAGUCAGAUCAUGGUACCUACACUCUGCAGACUACUAAAAUCUAAAAAAAAUAAAAAAAUUGUAAAGAUAAUCAAAGUAACGUCAUCACAGUAACAAAAUAUAUUCCUGUCACUUUCUGAUAGUUUUCUGAUUUUCUUUGUAAGAAGGAAAUUAAGGGUAAAUGAGAUUUUAGUACUAAGAAAAUUACCUGAAUUAUGUUUCUCUUAAAAUUCAAGUCAACACCUGACAACCCAUGUAACUGUUAAUAUUACUUUUCUCAUCUGGCAUUACGAAAGUAAUCUUGUGUAUGAACAAUUUGAUUUAGUAACAGAGAAAUAAAUCUCAUCA